UUUAUGAACAGAGGAUGGAUUGUAGAGCUGUCUCAACAUGACAUUGGUGGCUGCCCUGCUGGCUUCACUGAAUCAAGGGAAAUGCUUAUUGAAUUUGAACAACAUGGGGAGCCAUAACAAAUGAGAAAAUGAAGCCCUAGGUUACUUAUUUCCAGACACAUCUAUGUUCUAUUAUAUUUAAGACUAUUUCCAUUAAGCAACCACUAAGAUUGGUGUGCAUAUAAUCUAGACUAGUUGGAAAAGUCUGAAAACAAUCAUUACUGCAUUUUGUAUUGUUGUGACAAUAACACUACGAGAGAGUCAGCUGUGCAGUAUGACUCAUCAGGGACUUUCCGAAUGAGAAACACAAUAGGAGCUGCGAUUCCUGCAUUUCAUUUAUUUAACAUUAUACCGAGCCUAGUUAGCGAAAACAGUGUUGUGACACGAUGGACAACACAAGUGAAGCUAUUAGAUAACGUUAAAUUAGCAAAGAGAUAUGAGGCAGCUGACACGGGCUCACUUUGUUGGGAUCUCUGACAUGGUGGUUUAGAGUUAAAGCAUGUGUUUGUGGUGACGGAGGGCAAAACGAAAGUUGGACAUGACUCCUGCCUGUCUGUCAAUCACAACAACAGCGCGUGUACUGCUGACGCUGACGGAGGAGUGACUGAUUUUGGGGCAGGCCAGUGUGGAAGCAAACCUCGCCCAUCAUCAGCCAGACAAGACAACAAUGCAUGAAAGAAACUGGCAUCCACAUUGACAGACAGUCCUGCAACCCAACCUUGACAUAACUGUAGACGUGUUUUUUUUCUCUUUAAUAUAUAUAUAAAUUCGGUUCUGGGGGGCUGGCUUUGCCUUUACAGGUCCGAGGCGGGGCUGUUGUACACUUAAACCGCUAUCCCCGCUGGUACUUGUAGUGCGCUGCUCCUCGGCAUGUUUCAUGUUGACAUGCGUAAAAAACUACACUUCCCCAAAGCUGUCACAGAGCGCUCCCGCCUCCCAUUGGCUGGUCGCUCCAGCCGCAGCCCCAGAGAAUGAAUGAAAUUGAAAUAGCUGCUACAUUACAUGUACAAUACCGGGCUCUGCAGUGUUGCAUUCUAUCAUACUAUAUCAAAAUGGCCACAGCGGUACAGAACCCCCUCAAAUCGCAAUCUGGAGGCGCAGUCAUCAAGAACAGUCUUGGUGAGGAAUUCUACAAGGAGGCCAUUGAACACUGUCGCAGCUACAAUGCCCGUCUGUGUGCCGAGCGCUCCAUGCGUCUCCCCUUCCUGGACUCCCAGACCGGUGUGGCUCAGAGCAACUGUUACAUCUGGAUGGAGAAGAACCACCGUGGGCCAGGUCAUGCUCCAGGUCAGUUGUACACAUAUCCCGCUCGCUGCUGGCGCAAGAAGAGACGGCUAAACAUCCUGGAGGACCCGCGGCUUGUACCGAUUGAGUUUAAGAUCGACUACGAGGCCUCUCUAAAGAAGGAAGGGGGUAUCCCAGACGGUCCUGUGUUGGAAUCGCUGCUUGCCGGGGAAACCCUGGACAAGAAGGUAGAAACCAAGGAAGAAGAGCCAAUGAGCGAGUGUCAGAAGUUGCUGGUGGGGGAUUUCCCUCAUGAGUUGGAUGUGGACGAGAUGGAGGAAGAUGUCCCGAAGCGCAAGAACCGUACCAAAGCACGGGCCUACGGUGUCGGAGGCAUGAGGAAGCGACAAGAGCCAUCCGCCAUCGAAGACAGAGACAAGCCUUACGUCUGUGACAUCUGUGGAAAGCGCUAUAAGAACCGCCCAGGGCUGAGUUACCAUUACACUCACACACACCUGGCAGAUGAAGAGGGUGAAGAAGACUCAGAGCGACACACGCUACCCUUCCAGCGCAAGAACAACCACAAGCCCAAGAAAGCACCGGAUGGCUCAGUGAUCGCCAACGGCUACUGCGACUUCUGCCUCGGAGGCUCAAAGAAGACCGGCUGUCCUGAAGACCUUAUCUCCUGUGCGGACUGUGGACGCUCAGGCCACCCGUCCUGUCUGCAGUUCACAGUGAACAUGACGGCUGCGGUGAGGACUUAUCGCUGGCAGUGCAUCGAGUGCAAGUCCUGCAGCCUGUGUGGCACCUCUGAGAAUGACGACCAGCUGUUGUUCUGCGAUGAUUGUGACAGAGGCUACCACAUGUACUGUCUGAGCCCUCCCAUGUCUGAACCACCAGAGGGGAGCUGGAGCUGUCAUCUGUGUCUGAGACAACUGAAAGAGAAGGCCUCAGCCUACAUCACCCUCACUUAAUCUGCGUAGCUGCGCCUCAUCCUCUCGGCCCUUCAUCCUCUCCCAAACCACCUCUUCGUCCACCCCUCUUUGUGCCUCUGCUGCCAAACCCGUCGUCCCCCCCCCCCGUCCCCCCCGUCCCCCUCCCACCUCCUCUGGUCUACCCGCUGCCACUUCUUCUACAAACCGUCCCCGUGAACUUUGACACGACUGAGCACACAGCACCCACAACUCCGCACCCAUUCUUGAACGUCUCUUCAGCUGCGAGACAACCUUUCGUCCUUUUGUGUCACUCACAUGUCCCUGCUGUGCUUGACCUGAACCCCCCCCCCCUCCUUCCACUCCCCAUCCACGUCUGUCUCAACAGAGGAAUUCAUCAGCUGGCAAUAAGUUUGCUAGCACGGCACACACUCCAGCCUGCCAAGGGCACUUCAGAGGCAUACUACUCCACAAGAACCCUCUUAAGGGCCCUCAGAAGAGCCCUAAUGAUCUUCAGCUGCAACUCAGUCAAGUAGUGAGUGAGAAUUAAUAAGAUGGAUAGGUGUUAGGUGGAGGACAGGGCUAGGAAGACCCUGGAUAACCAUGAAGCAGUAUGCCUCAGUGUUAGCCAACUGUGAAAUAUACACUUCUUCUGUCCUUUACUGUUUGUGGUGGAGCUGAGACGUUGAACUGAGACGUUGAACUCUGCCUCUUUAUUUGUCUGCAGGAGCUUGCUGCUCGCUGCAGUUUCAAAGGGGAAUGAAUUGUACAGAAUUCAGACUGAUUCUCUAUCUACACACUCUUGAAAACAAUGAGCAUCUGGUCAGGAACCCAAACCAUCUUCGACCUCACCCUGUCCUCUCUCCUUGCAUGGGGUUUCCACAAAUCAGUGACAGUUUGGGAUUGACACUGAAGGUUUUAGUGUUCGGAUGUCAUCCUCCGAUGAAAGGAGAGGUGGAUUUUCUCUAAUCAGCUAUCUCUGAUCAAACAAUGUAUUUAAAAAUGACAAUUUAGGCUUAGCAUCUCUCUCACAAAUCCCUUACCUGACCUUUAUCCACCCUUCCCCUCUAUGAAACUGACUGUGAAGCCAAUGUGAGACUGAAACACUCCUGGUGCUUGGUGUGUAUAAUCUGUGUGAUAAGAAUGUAGGAUUGAUGUGUGGACAAUGCAGAUGUUUGUCUGGCCAAUGCCAAGGCCUAAAAACUUCUUUUUUUAUGAUUCCCUUUUUAAAUUGUUUUUUCAUUUGCAUGUCAUUAUUCCAAUUAUUUUUAAAAGACUUUUAAUUGAAGUGGAAAAAAAAGCACACUUAAUUCGCAAUAAUGUGUUUGUGAUAUGAACUGUUUUGGCCAAACUGGGUGUGUUUUAAACUCUGUGUGUGCCCGUGGCUCUGUUUGUGUGUGUGUGUGUGUGUGUGUGUGUGUGUGUGUGUGUGUGUGUGUGUGUGCGUGGGUGCGUGCGUGCGUGUGUGUGCGUGCGUGUGUGUGCGUGUGUGCACUACAGUAAUUGUAGCCAGCUAGGUGGAAUCUGUGAGAGGAGCUGAGUAGCAGGAAGGUAACGUGAAUGUAAGUAAAGUCAGCAUUUUCCUGUUCAGGCAUUUUGUCUGACAGUGAUGAGGUUGGGACAAAGUCAUUGUUUUGCAAGUCACAAGUAAGACUCAAGUCGUGUUACUAAAGUCCUAAAUCACAACAAAAUUCUGUUGUACUAAGUUUGGAGUCCUAAAAUGUCAUUGUGACCUUUUCACCAAAUUUAAUGCCAAUUAAAAUAUUUAACAGCACUGUAAAGAUCCAUAAUAACAGGACUUCAACCAACUAGUCAACUAGUCAACAUAAUAAGUAUACUUAUUAUGUAAGCACACUCUGUUUUUUGUCCCUUUCUUCUUCAAGUCUUUCAUUUUACUACAUAACAUUCAGGACACCAAAUCUUUGAUAAAUACCAUCAUAGCACACUGACUGUGUUGAGGGUCAUUGAUUUUAUGUUAGCAGAGAUGCUAAGCUUCUUGUUACUGUAGCUUGAAGCGAUACUGCACCUAAAAUAUGUCCUUAUGAUCAGAUACUCAACACCUUUAGUCUUGAAAAGUGGCGUUUAAAAGACACUAAACCACUCCUGUAAUUUUAUCCACUUCUUCAUCUUCUGUAUGUGUGCUCAGUCUGAUGUAAACAGUUGCAGCUGUAGUUUCACCAAAAUAUGGAUGCUGCUGUUUGACACUCGAGCCACAUACAGAGGCUUUAGCUUUAUUAACAUGUUUCUUGAGGCUUGGUGUCAAAAGUUCAAGUGAGGUCACAAGUCGCUGAUGUCAGCGGCAAGUUAAAUUAGAUUUUGUCGUGUCCAAAGUCAUCAGAUUCAUGUGUUCUAAUCCAAGUCCACAUCUCUAAGCCUGUUUGUUUCUCUCAGAGUUAAACAAGCUGUUCUUAUCACCUUUGUGCCGUGCAAAAUAUGAGGCCAUCUGUUUUGUGAAAGUGAAACAUUGGUAAGAGAAAAUGCUGUUAAAAUUCUGCUACCUGCCAGUCUGCUCUGCAUGCUAGAAGCCAGUAUAAUGAAUAAGCACUUGAAGACCAAGCUGAAAUUGUAUGAACAAGUGGUUCAUAAGAGAUGAAUCCAGCCAGCCAGCAUGUAUUUUUGUGAGCUUGCACUGAACAAAAAAAGAUUCUUUUAAUCCAAAGGCCCACUAAGUUAUCCUCAACCAGUUGAACUCGACGAGUCAAGGCGACUCUAAUAGGCACAUUACUAAAAAGCUGCAGUGCAGGUGCUGAUUUCGGAGGAUGAUUUUUCAAUAGUUUGUUUACAGAGAAGGCAUCCAUGCAAUGAUCUGUGAGCUUUAAGUUUGGAGACAAUAGCUGUAAAUAGGUAAUUGAAGGGCAACAAAUUGCCUUUUCAUACCAGUUGUCAUGGGCACAUAUGAAAGUAUGAUUAGUUGAUGUUGCUUUGAAUGACCGUCUCAUUAUAAUGCUGCAUCAUGUCUCUAAAAGGAACUCGUAACAUCAGAUGGCUUGUGAGAAUGUACCUGAGCUGUAAUUGUGUUUGCCAUCUGAUAGAGAAAGACAUGAGGUGCAAAUACUGUGCCCCCCCUCCCCCGAUUCAGUGCAAAUCCACUGAUGCAUGAAUGACACCUGAAAUGUUUCCGAUUUCAUAUUUUGAUAUUGUCUGUAUUGCUUUUUUUUUUUUUUUUAAAUAACGACAAGAGAUAACUUCUGUUCAUUUCCUGUUUGUUUCCUUGUUCGGUUUUGUAGUCUGUGUUUUUUCACAUUUUGCACAGCGUGGCUGCAUUUGCUCUUUGGGUGUGUUGUGCCUGUGUGGGUGUGCGUCUGUAUGUGCGUGUUUUAAUCACUUAUGAUUACAGGAAGGUCAGAGAAAGGCAAAAUGAACCAAAAUUGUUAUUGUUAUUAUUAUUCUGCAGACUUUUUUUUUUCUCAGUGGAAACACUUGCAUGGCACAGCACUGCUAGAGGAUUGUAAAGUUGAAUACAGAUUACAACAAUAAGUGUACUUGAGCACUUGGAUAAAGAAGUAUGCUGUUUCAUUUUACAAUGUUUUAAAUCAGUGUUUUAUUUGACAACAAAACCAUUAGUGUCCAAUCAAAAAUGUAUUAUUUCCAUUAAUCGAUAAGAAGUAAUAUCUAGAUUUGUAGACGUGUGUUUGAGUGGAAAUAGUUUGAUGAUGAUGAUGAUAUGGAUGUUGAUGAUGAUUGUUAGAUUGAAGAAUAACAGAGUAACAGAGAUGUUUGUAUUCUGAAUGGAUGAUGAUAAUGAUGUCGACGAUGACUGAAAAGCCUUUAAAUUGGAAGCUUUCGUGGCACUUAAUAGGAGAAGCAUGGUGGGGUCAAACCAACUCUGAUUGUACUAUGUGGGGCGGGUGGGGAAGCUAUGUUGGGGUCUUGGAAGGGUGGAUAUCAGUGGGAUUGUUCAAUGAAACUUGAUCCUCCUCUUUGUACAAAUGAACAAACAGAGGUGGUGGUGAUGAUGGCGGGGUUUGGAGUGUGGGGUCAAACAAAGCCGCACCAGGAACCUCCAGGCCUCCAGUUGACGCCAUUGUCCCCAUCUCCCUCCCAUUUACAGGCUGUUGGCGCGGCUCGGUCAGAGGGUUGAGACUUUUGGGCCACUCUAGGCCUCUCUUGUAAAUUGUCGUUCUGUGAUCUUGCUUGCACUUUUUUUUUUUUUUUUUAAAUUUCCCAAAAAUAAGAAA